AUGUUCUUCUAUAGACAACCCAAGCUAGAUCCAAGCGGUGCGAACGGUGGAGGUAGCGAUAGCGGAGGUGGAGAGGCCCAGACGGUGUCGUCGGCGACUGGAAGGCUGAAACGCGUCCCAUGGAUCUGCGGCGCGAUUCUGUUCUUCGCCAACCUCGGUUUACGUUUGAUGAAUGUACCUUUCAACCGACUGCUCGAGUCGACCAUAUGUCGUGACCACUGGAAACAAUAUGAUCCAUCGCUUCUCGGACCGGAUCAAAAUGUGGAUGAGCACCUCUGCAAAGGCAAAGCUGUGCAGACGAGACUAGCCUUCUACGUGGGUUUGAUCAGCACCAUCGAGUUGGUCUGUGAACUUAUCGCCAGUAUUCCUUUGGGAUAUGUAUCGGACAAAUAUGGGCGCAAGCUAUUGCUCGCGAUCAACAAUGCCGGGACAAUUCUGACGAUGAUUUGGUAUAUUUGCAUCGGCCGGUUUCACAAUGUCUUCAAUAUUCAAGCCAGCAUUGCAGCACCUUUCCUCUUCCUUUUCACAGGUGGUGCUCAUGUUUGCGGAGCAGCAGUCAGUGCUUUGAUCGCAGACGUCGCAGGAAGCGAAAACCAAUUAACCACAAUAUUCGGAUACAUGCAAGCGACGAUCCAGGUUCUUCAAUUCCUCGGGCCGGCAAUCAGUUCGACCGCACUGACGAAGGAUAUCUGGCUUCCGUUCUGUCUGGGUCUGGCCUCUCUGUGUUUGAUUUAUCCAUGUAUUGCAUUCCUUCCUGAGACUCGUCGAAGUCAAGGACGAAGGUUCGAGAACCAUGAACCUUCUACGACACCAGACAUCAACUCCUGUCGAACCCCAAGUACGACAGCCGUCACAAACCCCGACCUCGGAGACGAAGAUGAGAAUGAAACAGAUCCCCUAGUCUCUCGCAAUGACACCGACGUAACGCUCAUCCCAGAAGAAUCAGACCCAGGUCCAGAUCUAGGCUCAGACGACAUAUCCGUUAAGUUCUCGCAGAACAGCUGCGAGAGCAACAAACCUCACCCUAAAUCCCUGCGCGAAUACAUGCACGAAGUCUCCAAACAGGCAAGAGACCACCUGCAAGAUCUCAAGACCCUCGUCGGGAGCAGUCGCGACUUCAAGUACUACCUCUUAGUUUUCCUCGCGAAUACACUGGCCCGUGCAUCGCAGAAUGUCCUGCUUCAGUAUUUAUCCAAACGAUACCAUAUCAAAUUUGCAAUUGCAGGCUAUCUCCUCGCUAUGAAAGGACUAUUCAACUUCAUUCUCUUCGCCGCUUUGAUCCCAUUAUUCCUCCGGAUCAUGACACGUCGGUACGGCCAUGAAAAGGAAAACUCUUUGAUUAAUCUGCUCGGGAUGAAAAUCAGCGUGGCCCUUCUCUUUGUUGGCGUCACACUGGUGGGCUUGUCCUAUGAGUUUUGGAUGAUGAUUAUCUCACUGCCGAUAUACUCCCUAGGUUAUGGCCUGGGCCUCUUUGCCAUGACAGCCGUCACUAAACUCACCAUCAAGACGUGUGGGGGUUACUCGCACAUCGGCCGGGCGUAUGCUGCAGUGGUAUUUGUCGAAACUAUCGGUGCGUUGAUUGGAGUACCAGCCGUCGCGAGCUUGUGGAUUGCAGGUCUGCAAAUCGGAGGCUGGGGUUUGACUUUGCCUUGGUGUUUUUGCGCGUUACUAUACUUUUUCAUUGGCGUGAUUAUUUGGAGUCUACAAGCAGAUUCGAAUCAGCCAGAAUCGACACCGACAUCGAGCGAUUCGGCAGAAAAUAGCUGA